AGCCACUGGAUGAAAGCUCGGUGAAGAAAAUGAUCCUUACAUUUGAAAAGAGGUCAUACAAAAACCAAGAGUUGCGAAUUAAGUUUCCAGACAACCCAGAAAAGUUCAUGGAAUCCGAGCUGGACCUAAAUGACAUCAUUCAGGAGAUGCACGUGGUAGCUACCAUGCCAGAUCUGUACCACCUUCUGGUGGAGCUGAAUGCUGUGCAGUCGCUUCUCGGGUUGCUUGGACAUGAUAAUACAGAUGUGUCCAUAGCUGUCGUUGACUUGCUUCAGGAAUUAACAGAUAUAGACACCCUGCAUGAGAGUGAAGAGGGAGCAGAAGUACUCAUCGAUGCUCUGGUAGAUGGGCAGGUGGUAGCACUACUGGUACAGAAUCUGGAGCGCCUGGAUGAGUCUGUGAAGGAGGAGGCGGAUGGCGUCCAUAACACUCUCGCUAUUGUGGAGAAUAUGGCUGAGUUCCGGCCGGAGAUGUGUACAGAGGGAGCCCAGCAGGGUCUUCUGCAGUGGCUGUUGAAGAGGCUGAAGGCAAAGAUGCCUUUCGAUGCCAACAAGCUAUACUGCAGUGAAGUGCUGGCCAUCUUGCUCCAGGACAAUGAUGAAAACAGGGAAUUGCUUGGGGAGCUGGAUGGAAUCGAUGUGCUUCUUCAGCAGUUAUCCGUGUUUAAAAGACACAAUCCCAGUACAGCCGAGGAACAGGAGAUGAUGGAGAAUCUGUUUGAUUCACUUUGCUCCUGCUUAAUGCUCAGUUCCAAUCGUGAACGCUUUCUGAAGGGUGAGGGUCUUCAGCUGAUGAAUCUCAUGCUCAGAGAAAAGAAGAUCUCCCGGAGUAGUGCGCUGAAAGUACUGGACCAUGCCAUGAUUGGACCUGAGGGCACAGACAACUGCCAUAAGUUUGUUGACAUUCUUGGCUUACGAACCAUCUUUCCCCUCUUUAUGAAAUCUCCCAGGAAGAUCAAGAAAGUGGGAACCACUGAAAAGGAACACGAAGGUAGGGUUCCGAGCACAGCUAGUUGUCGAGGCUACCCUAUGAUCAGGAAGCUUCUCAAGGACUGUGCUGUGGCUGACGUGCUGAGUUCCACAGAGAAGCUUGAUGCUGCAUCUUGA